AGCAAAGCUAAAGACAUUACGCACAUUAAAUUUCAAACGGGACGGAAAUACUUGAGAGUCGAGUGCACGUCCACGAGGAAACACAAUCAAGACAAGUCGUCAAGCAUAGUUGAAAGCUGUAUUAGAGCCUGUAUAGCGAGUGCUGAGUACAUACAUUGUGGAGAAUACAACAAAGCAAUUGUGUCCUCGGGCAUCGAAUUUUUCUUCAAAUUCUGAACUCAACUGCAAAGAUAUUUACAGAACAUUUGAGCAGUACUAAAAUUAAGUCUGUGCCUACUGCAGCGCACUGAUCAUGUCAACUAUUGAAGAACGUACGGCUUACGAGAAGAAUCCCUAUUUCACGGGACACAUAUAUGGCAAUUUUUCCCCCUUUUAUGUGACCAUUGCUAUAUGUACUGUUGUUGUCGGUUCCAUCAUCUUCGUGAAUAUUAUUUUUGGGUGUUGCUCAAAGCACCGUAAAUACUGGAAAGAUAGACAUACAGGUAAUCGCUGGUUGGUUUCCAUUUGGUCAGCUACGCCACACUUGCAGCCCCCUUUGGAUUUUACUGAGCUAAAGGACGCCUCAUAUUUCGAACGAUUCUACCCAAAACCACAAAUAUUUCGUGAAGACAUCGAAGCGCAGGAAGUGCCCGUACAUCAGUCUUCUUCGCAUAUUGAACCACAUUCGCAUCAGUUGCAACAGCAGCGCCCACCACGUCCUGAAGGUCGCACUUUGCAGCAACAACAACAACGAGAGGAAUACGUAGAGCUACAAAAGCGCGAAAGCGACAUUUAAAACCAAUUAACAAUAGACAUUUAAAGCACUUUUGCAAAAGAAAAAAAAGAAUGGCAUUUAUCUUGCUUUAUCCAGCCGUAGCUGCUCUUGCUCUCUUCAUUAUCGGUGUUAUUAUUGUAAUUUUACGAUUUGGACCACGUCUUUGUGGUUUGCGUCAUCAUGCGCUUCCCGAUAAUCACGAAUGGGACGGAAAGAG